AUAUUUCUAUCCCUCGUCGUUCAAUCAUUAGGGUCUGAGUUUUGCAAGAUGUGGGAAGAGAUGGCGUUGCGCCGUAUUCUACCAAGAUUGCCUUCAAAAUCUCUAAUGCGAUUCAAGUGUGUUCGUAAAUCAUGGUAUACUUUGAUCAACAAUCCCACGUUCGUGGAAAAUCAUCUCUCUAAUUCGAUGCACAGCAAACUGUCUACCUGCGUCCUUUUCAGUCAUUUUGUCCAGAGCAACACUAACAGUGAUGAGAAGGAACUUGCAUUCUCCUUCCUUUAUCUCAGAAAUGAUUAUGAUGAUGAUAAGCAUAACGUCAAUUUUGUUGUUGAGGACAUCAAGUUUCCACUUUCUUCGGGACGAUGUAUUGGGCUCGAGGAUGUAGAAUCUCCAAGUAUUUUAGGCCAUUGUAAUGGGAUAGUUUGUCUAAGUCCUUGUAGUGACAACCUUGUUUUAUGCAAUCCAGCAAUCAAGGAAAUCAAACUUCUACCCAAAUCAGGCCUUCCAGAUUGGUGGGGAUGUGCUGUGGGGUUUGGAUAUGAUCCCAAAUCUAAAGAUUACAAAGUUAGUAGAAUUGCAUCUUAUCAGGCGGAAAUUGAUGGUCUAAUCCCUCCUCCUAGAGUUGAAAUAUACACCGUCAGUACUGAUUCUUGGCGAGAGAUCAGGAAUAAUUCUUUAGAAACAGAUACUACUUGCUUUUUUCCUGAUUAUUUCCAGAUGUACUUCCAAGGAAUUUGUUAUUGGGUGGGGUAUGAGCAACCAAAACAAUCUGUGGAAUACGAGGACGAGGAACAGAAGCCAAUGGUCAUUUUCUUCGACACGGGUGAUGAAAUAUUUCAUAAUCUAUUAUUUCCGGACAGUUUUUAUAUGUAUGAGGAAGGAUCAUCUUAUGCUUAUGAAAUGUCUUAUCUUAUGUAUUGUGAUCUGCGCAUUAUACUGUGCAAUGGAUCUAUUGCUCUUUUUGGGUUUAAUCGUUUUAGUGUAUUUCCUGACUCCUAUGGAGUUUGGGUAUUGGAUGACUUUGACGGGGCUAAGGGUUCUUGGACAAAACACUUAACAUUUGAGCCACUGAUGGGCAUGAAGAGGGUAUUGGAAUUUUGGAGGAGUGACGAGAUUCUUAUGGUUACCGAAGAUGGAGAUAUAGUAUCUUACAACCUUGCAACUGAGAAGCUUAAGAAUCUUCCCAUGAAUAGCUUAUCUGAUUUCGAAACUAUUGUGUAUGUGAAUAGCUUAGUUUCGAUCACAAGAGGCAACAAGCUUGAGAGUGUUGAUAUAUAAUUCUAGCAAUAUAAUUUCUCUAUUUUUUUUUUC